CGGGUGAUUGACGGCGCCGGCCGCCACCGCCCCGCCGCCCCGCCGCUGCCGCCGCCGCCGCCGCCGGGUGUGGAGGCGCCGCCUCGCGGGCCGCGUGUCCCCCGCCGCCGCCAUGGACCUGUUCGGGGACCUGCCGGAGCCCGCGCGCUCGCCGCGCCCGGCUGCCGGGAGAGACGCCCCGCGGGGACCCCCGCUCCUUGACGCGCGCCCUCCGGCCAGCAGUGCUGACUCAGGACCGGGGGGACCUUUGCUUUUUGAUGAUCUCCCACCAGCCAGCAGCGGCGAUUCAGGUUCUCUUGAGACUUCGCUAUCCCAGACGGCAAAGAAUGAAGGGAAAGGAGCCAAGAGAAAAACCUCCGAAGAAGAGAAGAAUGGCAGCGAAGAGCUUGGGGAAAAGAAAGUUUGUAAAGCAUCCGCAGCCGUCUUUGGUCUGAAAGGCUACGUGGCCGAGCGGAAGGGCGAGCGGGAGGAGAUGCAGGACGCCCACGUCAUCCUGAACGACAUCACGGAGGAGUGCGGCCCCCCGUCCUCCCUCAUCACACGGGUUUCCUAUUUUGCUGUUUUUGAUGGCCAUGGAGGAAUUCGAGCCUCAAAAUUUGCUGCUCAGAAUUUGCAUCAAAACUUAAUCAGGAAAUUUCCUAAAGGCGACGUGGUCAGCGUGGAGAAGACCGUGAAGAGGUGCCUUUUGGACACGUUCAAGCACACGGACGAGGAGUUCCUCAAGCAAGCUUCGAGCCAGAAGCCUGCCUGGAAAGACGGGUCCACGGCCACCUGCGUCCUGGCUGUGGACAACGUUCUGUACAUCGCCAACCUGGGAGACAGCAGGGCCAUCCUGUGUCGUUACAACGAGGAGAGCCAGAAGCACACGGCCUUAAGCCUCAGCAGAGAGCAUAACCCCACGCAGUACGAGGAGCGCAUGAGGAUCCAGAAGGCAGGGGGCAACGUCAGGGACGGGCGAGUCUUGGGAGUGCUGGAGGUGUCCCGCUCCAUCGGGGACGGGCAGUACAAGCGCUGCGGGGUCACCUCCGUGCCAGACAUCAGGCGCUGCCAGCUGACCCCCAACGACAGGUUCAUCUUGCUGGCCUGUGAUGGGCUCUUCAAGGUCUUCACCCCAGAAGAAGCUGUGAACUUCAUCCUCUCCUGCCUGGAGGACGAGAAGAUCCAGAGCCGGGAGGGGAAACCGGCCAUCGAUGCCCGCUACGAGGCUGCCUGCAACAGGCUGGCCAGCAAGGCGGUGCAGCGGGGCUCCGCCGACAACGUCACGGUGAUGCUGGUGCGGGUCGGGCGCUGAGGGGCGGAGCCGGCGCAGGAGUGAGUGCCCAGCACGUCCGCUCUGCGCGCCCUGGGCUCCGGUGUAAAUAAAGGGUUUUCUUUUUUCUAGUCC